UGGAAAGGAAUGAACAGGGCGAUUCACAAGGGUUUACCGUAAUUGAUUCGUUUCUUCUGGGGGACGAAUUUUAUCAGGGGUGAAUAAAAGGGCUGCUGGUUCGAUCUGUUUAUGGUACUCCGUCAGCACACAUCUGCAAGUUAAAAUUACGGGUACUGUCUGAAGAGCUGAUUUUUCUUUUCAACCCCGUUGACAAACUUGUCCAGAAGAACACAAAAGAAAAGAAUUGCAUUGUAUUUCUGUGGAGUCUAAAUAACAAAGUGAUUCAAACGGAAUUUUUUACAACCACUGAUCGGCUGGCAUUUAGCUACCAAAGACAUUUAAAUUCAACAUUGACUGGCAUGGAGGCGCACACCAAGCAGAUGACGAUGACGCUCAAAGGAAUCGAGACUUUGGCCAAAGAACUCCAAAACCGAGACAUGAAGGUCGUGAUAUGUGAAACGUUUUUCUACCUGCUGAUUAUUUCGAUGGCAAUCGCUGGAAACUCCUGUGUUCUUUUGGCGGUGUAUAGAAACUCAAGACUGCGGACAAUUCCAAACUACUACAUUGUGUCGCUGGCGAUCUCUGAUAUUCUUUUACCCUUGUUAUGUGCUCCGUAUUCUGUAGCUGUGGCCAUCGUUGGUCGCUGGCCAUUUAACGACAGUGUUUGCCAAAUUCAGGGAUUUUUUGUCAUGAUUUUGGCUUGCGCCUCUUUGCUGAUCUUAACACUGACCGCGAUCAAUCGAUUUUUCCGAAUGGUGGUAACGAAACAUUACCGACAUAUUUUUACGAAAUGGAAAACCAUAAUUAUGAUAGCAUUCGGAGUUGGCUUAGCUUUCUUGGAACCAUUACCUUAUUUACUCACGGGUCGACAUUAUGUCUUUCAUCCCGGAAAGUUGUUUUGCUUUCAAACAGCUGAAAUUUCCCUUCCAAAUUUUAUUGUGUAUUUCUACGUUGGUCUGCCUACUUCUGCUUUAAGUAUUUGCUAUGCACUCGUCUUCAGGAAAAUGCGCAUACACCAAAGAACAGUUCAUAAUCUACGUUCCUCUUCCUUGGCUGCGGAUAACAUUUCUCAAGCUGAUGUCAGAGUUACAAAGAUUCUAUUCAUCACGGUGAUAGGAUUUUUGGCCUGUUGGACGCCGAUUGCUGUCAUAGAUUUGGUGGACACGUUCCGAGGUGAAGUUUCUCUUCCGAGACAAGUCUAUGUUUUCUAUCUAAUUCUGGGAAAUCUUUCAGGCGUUAUUAAUCCUCUUAUCUACGGUUUCUUGAACAGGAAUUUCAGACAAGAAUAUAGAAAGAUUUUUUCGUUAAGGAAAAGAAGCUCAAGACUGCAUCAUUUGCAAAUGGACUUACCAUCAUUUUCGACUCGACACCCUCAAAUUUAGAACUCAAUGCCAAUAUUGUUA